GGGACGUAGUAACUUUUUAGUCUUCUGUAAUUGUUGAUCGUCCGAACCUGACUGCCUGAACAAUCGUCCCUACUAGUAAUGCCGAUCAUUGCGGCCCGGGAGACUGGACUGUCUCGUGGACCUUGUGGCUCACGGCCACAGGGCCAAAGGGCGUACAUUUGACAAGUGCUUCCUCAUGCUGCAGUCAUACCUUCGUUUUACGGCGGCAGGUGGCAAAGUGCCAGCGGCCGCACAGCGAAUCACAGGCGUCCAAGCACCUACACCUAACCCCUUGCGCUUUGGCGCUGUUGGCAGGACUCGGGCUGACAUCCAUCGACAUCCCUUGCUUCACCUUUACACAGUACGAUCACUCUUGAAGACUCUUGUCUCUCACCAUCAACACUAGAUGGUCACAAGGUCUCUCGUGAAUAAUGAGCAGUCGGCUUAAAUCCAUACUCAAGAACCCAAACCGCGUACGCAAGAAGCCAGCCGCACCAAAGCGGACAAGCAGCAGCAACAGCGCCGCCGCCGCCGCCAACAACAACAACAGAAGCGCCAGGUCAUCGCCCUCGUCCUCAUCAUGGAGCGACUCGCUCACCCGGACGAAGCCGGGCGCUUCCACAGGGCCACAGAAGAAGAGAGAUGACGAGGAGGAAGACUACUUCCACGACAAGCUGGACGACGUCGGCCUCGUGCAGGCCCUGGCGACGGAUCUCACUCUCCGCGACGUCCCGCAGGCGAUGCGCUACUCACGCGGGCACAUGUUCGUCCCGAUGCCAGGCCAGCCGCACUCCCUGGGCCUCAGCUCGACACGCGUGGCAGAGGUCCUCCAGGCCCGGAAGCGCCUGCCGCCCGUCGUGACAGUCGCGCACCUGCAAGCGCUGCUGCGCAGCCCCACGGCCGUGGACCGCGAGGUCGCCGAGCUCGUGCGCGCUGGUGCCCUACGGAAGAUCAUCGUCCUCCGGCGGGCGAGGGAUGGUGGUGUCGGCGAGCUCCUCGUCGUUGGCGGGGACUUGCAUGAGCUCGUCCGGGCGGCAGAGGGCGAGGGCGCCAUCGAUGCUGAGGCCGCCGGGGCCUUUUGCCACUGGCUGCAAGACAACCCAGCCGCGCUCAAGGUCUGUGCCGGAGACGGGACCUUGGGACAUGGCCAUGUGGACCAGCUCGUCAGGGCGGGCUUCCUGACCACGGCUCAUGACCGUGACGUGGGGAGCGUCACGUCCUUGUUUGCGCGGCCGGAGGACAGGGGCACAAAUCUCAGCCUUGCGGCUGUGUCACGCGCCGCUGCUGGGUCCAUCGGCGCUGUGGGAGGCGACGGCGCCGUGCAUGCAUCCGGAGGCAGCGGGGCACGCUCUGGAGGCAGUAGCGGCAGCAUAUCCCGGGGCGGGCCCAGUGUAGACCUCUCACUCGCAGUCCCCGGGCAGGGACCAUACCUGAGGCUUGUGUCUGCGGCUCUGUCCCAGUUGACAGGAAUCCUCACCAAGUCCGACUACCGAGAGAUGCCCGAGACGCUGCUGAGGGAGAGGUGGGACGGUGGCGUGGCGAAGCAGGAGUCGAAACAACACGCAUCCAAGAGAUUGAGGCGCGAGUUUGCCGGGGUAUUGCCCGCUAGAACGAGGAAAUGGAGGGACUUCCACGGAAUGACCUUUGAGUGGGUCCUGCAUGAAGCUGUUGGCGCCGGGCUCGUGGAGGUGUUUGAAACGGGCAGCGUGGGUAGAGGAGUCAGGCUCCUGUGAAGACGAACUGAAGACAAACAGAAGACAGACAGUCGCCGCAACCUGGUACGAGAUUGAUGAUCCCGAUGCCCCACGCCGGCGUGUUCUCUCCGGCCCCGCUCUCGGUCGGAUGUGAUUGCAACGCUAUAGCCGGAUCCAUUCUGGGCAAUUAUGAUCGAUCCGUCCGAACCAAGCAGCCCCGGAGCCACGGUACCCAAUCCCCGAAGCCCACCACCCUGUGUUUCACAUUGCAGCGGCGACCUGCUCGACUCAGCUGCGUCGUCAGGUCGUCUGACGAUGACCGCCGCCUUCAAUGCGCUAACAUUCCGUCCCCCCAAUCCGAACCCAAGGCCUAAAGAGACGCCGAUAGGCUAGCGUGAAGGGCCGAGCUGGCAGGCUGGCUGCAAGAGCUAUGACCCUCCGAGAGGUACAUGAAGCCGUUGCGUUGAUCCUGGAUCAACCCGGUCCCGUCAUGCCGCCGGCGGCUCGGAAGCGUCGUGUGGGGACUCUGUGCCCAUCUCCAGCCAUCGGCCUGCCCAUCCUAAAACCCAGCACCCCGUUUUUGACGGGUGCCAACCUGUCUAGCUCGCUACGCCGUCGUCUGGGCCUCGCUGCCAUCCGUCCCACUCCACAGUAGUGAGUACCGCCUGAGCAGCCACUCGCCCCACGGCUGCAAUGAGAUUAUCGGAUGAGCGCCACGGCGCCGGCAUGGCCACGGCAGGGCUUGGACUAUCGAAUGACGUUCAGGCGUGGGGUGGGCGAAGACCGGUGGACCGGACAUCACUAGUCGGGUCGUGCACUGAAGGUUUGCUUGUGAUGUUUGGGCAAUGCCUGCCAAUUUGUUCUCGCUACUGCGCGAAUUCGAGACCUCUGAAAGGAUAACCGCAACAGCCACGCCAAGAAAUACGUGUGUCUCAAGACCCUUCUGCGAACCGUGUACGAAAGAAAGCUAAUCGUAAGAAUGCGAACUAUCAUUGUCCUAUCGGACAACCGGUGCUGCAUAAUCCUUAUAUUGGACCUGUGAUAUUGCAACCUUUUUGGAUGAACAAGACGAAUCACGCGCAUCAAACUCCGCAGGCAACGCAAUGCCCUCCCCAGAGCAGCGCACUGCGUGAACACUUGGCUCGUUCAGCACGAGCUGUUUCGGCCUCUUGACACUCCUUUAAGGAUAGAAAAGAAAAGGGUUCCGUGAUCGACCCUGCAUACGGCCGGGCGGCGUUCAGUCGUGAUGUCGCGCAGUAUGUGUUGUUCUAGAUGCCGAAGUCUCACUGUUGCACUGCUCUUCUUGCGAGCCGCAGCACGGUUCUCAUGACGGUAUCGGGGACGCUGAUCUUGACGGCCCCUAGGCCGAGUCACAGGAGGCUUGUUUCCCCGCCGCGGCCCUGCCUCGCAUAUCUUGAGGCACUAGCUCCUGCAGAGCCCGCGGGAGACGUAGGAUUGCGUCUUUAGUGGCACCAUAUCAUCGAUCGCGACAGCUUCGCCGCGCAGCGCGCGGCCAGCGGUGAACAGCGUCCGAGAACAGCAGGCACUGGCAUUGCCAGAGAAGGAUAGGCAGCUGGGAGGUGCACCUGGUCCUAGAGGAAUCGAACCUUUGGGAGGAGGCUCUUUUGCUGCACGUGCCGGGUUACAGAACAGUCGAGGCUGGGUCAUCACGCUCUGGGGUAGCCUUGCAAGCUCUCUGGGGUCAAAGCGUUUGAUCCCCUCUUCCGGCCGGUUGUUGCUGCCCGCAGCGAGGGCAGGCCGGCAGGCCGGCGAGUAGAAGUGCUAUCGUACUGCUGAAGGGACGACGAUGCGGGACGUUAUGCUGGCAAACAGCAAUAUGAUCAUUCCGCAGGCGAGGCAGACUUGUAUACCGCAUCCGUGCCUAUCCAAGACCGACCAUACAAGAGCAAAGAACAAACAAAGCUUAUAAGUCGUUAUGAUGUUGAUACAUCGCGAUGGUAGGGCGAAUUGGGCAGCGAGCCCUUCUCGACAGAAUAUUUCUGCAAAGCUUGUCAGCCAAAGCAGCAAUCAUUGCGGCGUCGAGAAUGAUCAUCACAUGCAUCCGAAACCGUCUGUGGACGCACUGACAGUCCCCGAAUGCUCGUUGGCGUAUAUGGGCUUACUGAGAUCCUCCACGCCGCCCAGGCCAGGUCAACAUUGUGACAAGGAGAUUGGCCAAAUAGAAUUUCGUAGGAACCAUUUUCUAGAAUAAAACGAACGUGCGGAAAGUGCGGAUGAAAGCUCUUGCCCAACCAGGGGAUAUGACUGUCAGAUACAUGCAGUCCCGAAGGUGAUCCUGUGAGAACAUCCUGAAUAUGUCGCAGCUGGCAGGGUACUAGCAUCUUCACUGCCGUUUCAGGAAGGCUGCUCGCAGCUUGCCAUGCAGAGAGCAAGCCAGGUUUGCCCAGCACCCAUGCCCGCGAACCAAAUCAAUCUCCCAGAAAGUCUCGCGGGCUCUCGUGUGCAAUGGUCCUUCGUCGGGCACGACUCUUUGAUGCGAACAUGUUUCGACCGCUUGGAUGCAAGAGUGGUGAUAGCCCAUCGCAUGUGCAGCCCUGGUUCGCGAAUCUGCAGCCGGCCGAAACGUCACAGAGAUCUUCCUCGGCACGAGAGUCAGCGACUUACAGAAAUGGCGAGUGCGCGAGUGCGACACCAGAGCAUGCAGCAGGUGCUCAGACCGAGGGGCGGAUCUGUCAAUCAUCAAUCAUCUCAUCUAGCCAUGUAUGUACAAAUUUUGGUUGAGCAUGCAGGACGGGCGCGUCGGGACAGGAGGGCACUCCCACGCAUCGCAGCAAUUUGGAUCCGGGCGAGGCGGUUUCGUUUCGUUGCUCUGGCCAUGAUAUCUGGCAAGGAUAUCGCCGGCGCAGCGUUCUCAGCCCCCGUGACGACGAAACCAAAGCUGUGUGAGAAAGUGGGAAAAACCGAGGGUCGUGAUGGUGUUAUUCUCGAUGCUCCCAGACUGAGCCUGGUCAAUUUUCUGCGCUGCGCCCGCCCCGUAAGGCACCGGACGGCACGAUUGCAGCAACCAGCGAUGCCAAACCCCCUCCCUUAUAUUGGGGUGACUUCUUAGAGUGACAUCUUAUAGGUUUGGAAUAGGGACAAGGCAGUUACAGCAUGGCGAUAUGGGCACGGCGCAUCAACGCUGUCAUUUCCCAGGCAAACUCUGUAGAAUAGCACCGAGAUUCUGUCGGCCACUGCGCCACAGCCCGGAUAUCGAUAUUAUCAUGGAAGGGCG